AGCCACAUUCACAAAACUACGCGCUUGUCGCAGCUGAAAGUUUUUCUCGCGAUUCUUUGCAAAUUUAAUCAUCGCUUGAUUGUCACAAGCUCUGCGUCUACUAUCGCGAAAACUAGAAAUCGGAAAAACAAAGGAAACUGCUGUUUUUGGCGUAACGCCGACAUGUGAACAUUGUGAACGAUACCUAACCUCACGUUGUAGCGUGCAUAAAAGCGGGACAGGCGAAGAUCGUGUCCAAACGAGUGCGAGCAGGACGGAGCUAGUACAUCAAUUGCAUACUGCGUGCGCGGCGGCCAGUACACAGACAUUUGCGCGCGCCAACAGUCGUUGGCACUUCGGCAGCGUGCUGCGGAGCAGAGCGCCGGUGUGAGUGAGAGUGAGAAAGAGAGAGAGAGAGAGAGAGAGAGAGAGAGAGAGAGAGAGGGAGAGAGAGAAAGAGAGAGAGAGAGAGAGAGAGAGAGAGAGAGAGAGAGCGAGCGAGCGAGCGAGCGAGCGAGCGAGCGUGAGUGAGUUAUAAUUCGCACCGAUUCCGUUCGUUCAUCAUCACGUAGUCCAUCCGUAGUUACGGAGAAUAGAGUCUCAAAAUGGGCGCCUACCUGUCCGAGCCGAACACCGAGAAAGUCUCGAGCGAUGAGGAUGGCAAGAACCUCGCCUACGGUGCCAGCUCCAUGCAGGGCUGGCGCAUGACCCAAGAGGAUGCCCACAACUGUUGCAUCAACUUUGAUGAAGAUGUCUCAUUCUUUGCUGUAUAUGAUGGGCAUGGUGGGCAUGAGGUUGCCCAAUAUUGCGCCAAACAUCUACCAAAAUUUAUCAAAAACACAGAUGCCUAUAAGCAAGGAAACAUGCAGCAAGCUCUAAUCGAUGCAUUUUUAGGUUUUGAUGCGACACUUGCCACUCCACCAGUGAUAAACAUUCUCAAAGAGCUUGCUGGAAAGAAGAAUACUUUAAAUACUGAGUCUGAUGAAGAAGAGAAUAUUGAUAAUCUCUAUGAAGAAGCAAACAUGCCAUUGGAAGCUGUAAUGCGCAAAUAUUUGCACAAAGUAAUGGUUCCACAUACUCAGAAUGAGCGGGCUAAAAGUUCUAAACCAGCAACCGACCAAUCCAAUGAAACACCUAGGUGGCAAAGAGCUUACUCUUUGUCUCAAGCAGGUUGUUCCACUUCGUCAGCUUCAUCAUCUUCAUGGAAUACCAAUGAGACUGAUGUUAGUAGCUCCAGUCAACCUUGUCAAUCAUUGCCUUCUUCCUCUGCAAACCAAAAAACUGAUGUAAGUGCAGGCAGUAGUGAAGCGGAUCAAGUGCUGGAUUCCACUACUAGUAACGGUGAUGUUCCUCAUCCUUCUCAAGUUGGAUCUUCUGUAGAUUCUGAACCAGCAAAAUUAUCAGAAAUGCCUGACAGUUCUGAAGAUAUUGAUGAAAAAGUAACACCAAGUAAAGAGAGUAAGGAAGCUGAUGUAAGCUGUACACCAAGAGAAGUGGAAGUCAAUGGAGAAAAGCCAUUAAAAAGUAUUGAGGAUGCAGAUAGCAGCAAAGCUGCCAAUGACAAUGAGUGCAGCAGUUCUUGUACACCAUUGGAAAAUGGAGAAGCUGAAGAACACAACAAAAUUAGCAGUACCGAUAAGAAGAACAAUGAAUCUACAAAGCAUUAUACGUUGAUAACAAACAAUCAAGGAGCUGCUUUAGUGAGCAGUGAUGAUGACGAUGAAAAUGAUGAAAGUUUUGAUGGACAAGAAAGCGACGAAGAUGAUGAACAAUCUGAUGAGUUAGAUAAUGAUGAUGAUGAUGAUGAUGAUGAUGAUGAUGACGACGACGACGAUGAUGAUGAUGAUGAUGAUGAUGAUGAUGAUGAUGAGGAGGAUGAGUAUGUGGAUAAUGAAAAUGAGAAUGAUAAUGAAGAGGGGGAAGAGGAUGAUGAAGAUAAUAAUGCUCUAUAUGAAGAGCCAGGUUCUGGUAGUGGAUGCACCGCAGUAGUAGCUCUCCUCAAAGGGAACGAAUUGUAUGUAGCUAACGCCGGUGAUUCUCGAUGUGUAUUAUCCCGAGCUGGUAAAACUAUAGAAUUAAGUCUUGAUCAUAAGCCUGAAGAUGAGCCAGAAUUGGAGCGUAUCACGAAGGCUGGUGGAAGAGUUACCCUAGAUGGUAGAGUAAACGGUGGACUUAAUUUAUCUAGAGCGCUCGGUGAUCAUGCUUACAAAAAGAACACAGAUCUGCCGCUUCAAGAUCAAAUGAUUUCGGCAUUACCAGAUGUCAAAACAAUUCAGAUAGAUCCGGAGAAGGAUGAGUUUAUGGUUUUAGCAUGUGACGGUAUAUGGAACUGUAUGUCAAGUGAGAGCGUCGUUGAUUUCAUACGACAUCGUCUAGAAGAGGGAUGCGAGAAACUUUCUCAAAUUUGCGAAGAGCUUUUCAAUCGUUGUCUGGCGCCGGACAGUCUCGGUGACGGAACUGGCUGCGAUAAUAUGACGGCAAUAAUUGUGCGAUUCAAGAAGCAGAAAGUCGAUGAAGAUGGAAAUAUCACAACGGAAUUCAACAACUUACGCAGGAAGAGGAUUCGGAGAUCCUUCGUUGAUGCCCUUUUAGGAAUUAAGCGCCAUAAAACAGAAUCUAAUCCGUGCUGAGGACUUUGAACUGGAACCCCUACAGGAGCCGUUGCAUUGAAUUUUUAUGUAUAAAAGAAUGUAUCAGCGUUGAAUAAUGGUGAUGGACUGACUGACAUCAGGAGCACAUGCGGAUGAUAUACUUCUUUCAAUUACUGUGGUUCUUGUUAUCUACUUCAAGUUCGUAUGCAUACAAGUAUUUUUUAUUAUUUUUUUUAAAUUUGAAAGUAACUGCCGCGAAAGGUAAGCGAUCUUUACGAGUAAAAUUUUCUGCUCAAAAAUAAAUUAUUCGUAUAUUGGCCAAGUCUUACUUUGAUUAUACUUGGAUAUUUAGAUCUAUUGAAUUAAAACUUGCUUAGCUUUGUUUUUGUAAACACAAGUUCAAAUUUUUCGACACGAUAAUUUUACAACGUUAAAAUGCAAUUGAAUGAUGAUAUUAUUUUCCUCUUAAUUUCAUAUAAAUAAUAUUAACUCUUUUAUUUACGGAUAUAUAGAACAAAUUAUUAUUUUAACAGUUUGACAUUACUUUUUAGAUUACCCCAUUUGCUGCAUCAAUUAAUAUGACGCAUCAACUUUUCUUAGAGGUUGCAUAAUUUGUAAAUUCAUUUUUGCACCUAUAUAUUUUUUUCAGUUGUUAUCUACUAAUCGCGUCAAAUAAUCGUAAGAACACUAAGUCUUAUUGAUUGAAAUCUUAUCAUUUUUUUAAAUCAUCGUAUUAUCACUCUUUUAGGCUUAUUCAUUGUAAAUAUUUAUGGUACUAGCUUGUAGAAUUUAUAUUUGUAAUUUGAAACAAAAUCAUUUCUUAUUUUUAUUGUAACAAAUAACGAAGUUAAUUUUUUAAUUCCUGGUCACAAUGUUAUAAACAAUAAAUGAAGAUUGACUGGAAACUUUGUUGUAAAUUCUCAAAUUAAGACUAAUCAUUUUUCAUGCAGGCAGAAUUGUCUUUGUUAUUCACCUAAGCGAAACAAAAUUAACAUUAUUUCUAACUUUAAUUUUUAUACAAAGAAAAAACGCUAAAUUAUAUAUGCAAGUUUCAACACGAAAGUCAAUGAUAAUUUUGUAAGGCUUAAACACACCUAAUUGCCCUGUUCUUACAGUACAAAGUGUAUAUUAUGCAAAGUAAUAUCAAGCUUUAACAGAUUUCUAGUAAUUAUAACUUAUUUGCUCAGAAAACGACUUUUCUAGUAUUUAUAUACAAUUAACAAAUUUUGAUUAAAACUAUUCUUAUA